GUGUUGGUAGCGGCUCUUCUGGCUGCCAGGUACAGUGGGCGGAGCUCUCCAGUGGACAGAUGGGUCCUGCUGUGGCUCUUCUAUGAUGUCAUCRUCCACUUGACUCUGGAGGGUCCUUUUGUUUACAUGUCUCUGGUCGGGACGGUGGAAGUGUCUGAGGGUCCACUGGCUGAGUUGUGGAAGGAAUACGGUAAAGCUGACAGUCGUUGGUUGGUUUCUGACCCAACCAUCGUCUCUUUGGAGAUUCUCACCGUCGUCCUCGACUCUCUGAUCGCUCUCCUGCUGAUACAUGCCAUACAGAAUGACAAGUACUACAGGCACUUCCUGCAGGUGUCUCUGUGCGUGUGCGAGCUGUACGGUGGCUGGAUGACCUUCUGUCCUGAUUGGCUGCAGGGCAGUCCUCACCUGAACACGUCCAACUGGCUCCAUCUAUGGGUCUACCUGUUGUUCUUUAACGGAAUCUGGGUCCUGAUUCCUGUCCUGCUGCUGCUCCAGUCUUGGUUCUGUCUCAAAGAUCUGCAUGCGCUCAGAAGUGCCGCCACCAAGAAGAAGAAGCAGCUGUAAAGUUGUCCGUUUACCAACCAG